AGUGGCGGCGGCCGGGCGGAGCGGGAGGAGGUUAGAAAUAGGGAGAGCGGGCCGCGCCGCCGAGCCGCCAGCCUCGAGCACGCUGCGCAGCGAGCGGCCGCACUCGCACCCGCACCGAUGCUGCUGACGCUGGCCAGCGGCGCGCUCUUCUUCCCGGGGCUCUUCGCGCUCAGCACCUGGGCGCUGCGCCGCUCGCGGCCGGGAUGGACCGACAACGACUGCCUGACGGUCGGCACCAGGCUAGUGUCCUCGGUGCAAGCAGUGCUGGCCACCGGGGCGGGGCUCAUCAUCAUCUGCUCCUGCAGCGACGUGGUCACAGACAGGCACUGGCUUGCCAGAGAAUAUGUCUGGUUUUUGAUACCAUACAUGAUCUAUGACUGCUACGCCAUGUACCUCUGUGAAUGGUACCGAACCAGAGACCAGAAACUCAGACGUGCCACCGUUUUCCGGAACUUCCUGAUUGAAAACCGCCUAAUGGUCACACAUCAUGCGGUCAUCCUGUUUGCCCUCGUACCUGUCUCACAGAAGCUCCGCGGAGAACUUGGAGACUUCUUUGUCGGCUGCAUCUUCACAGCAGAACUGAGUACUCCAUUUGUGUCGCUGGGCAGAGUUCUGAUUCAGCUGAAGCAGCAGCAUACCCUUCUUUACAAGGUCAAUGGAAUCCUCACGCUGACCACCUUCCUCUUCUGCCGGAUCCUUCUUUUCCCCUUCAUGUACUGGUCCUAUGGCCAAUACAAAGGAAUAAGCAUACUCCGAGUGCCAUUUAAUAUUCCUAUGCACUGCAAUGUGGCCAAUGCCAUCCUCAUCUCUCCCCAGCUCUACUGGUUCUCACUGCUGUGCAAGAAGGCAGCCCGGCUCUUUGACACUGCCAAAGCCAAAAAGAACGGUUAAUUAAUCUCAGGAGUCAGGCACUCACACUAGCUGCCUCCUCUACUCAGUAUUCCAAGGACCAAAUUGUGCCUGGGGUAGCUGCUGCCUUCUGGAUAUUGAUAAGCCUCUGGACUUGAGGUUUGCUUUGUAAGAAUCCCCAUUACCUCCCCCUUCUAACCUGCUCCUUUUGCAAAAGCACUUUCCCUCCCCCCUUCCCCGCACCCACCCAGUGAUAACUUGGAUUCUGUCAAACCUCCACCGCAGCAAAGUAGUUUUCAUGCAAGCCUGAGGAGCCUUCCUUGGGCCUCUGACAAGAGCUCUGGGAGGUGACGCACUGCUCUCCCCACUCAGGGCAACAUCCAUAAUACUGGACCCAAAGCAAGGGACCACUUGGUUCUUGAAGUAGCGUCCUUUUUCCAACACUAGGAAAACCAUUGUGGGUGUGUAGUCUUUUACUGUUUACUAGACAGCCCUGGUCUUCUCAUCUGUAUAUCAACAAUGAAUUCUCAUCCUACUGACUUCUAGUCAGAAGGGCUCACUGACAGUGGGCAAGAGGCAGGGCUGAGAACCUGAAGACUUGAGUAGGUCAGGCGGCCAGCAGAGGUCAGCACCUUUGCAGGCCGACUUGGUAUAAAGACCAGUAGACAAAC